AUGUCCACCGGAUUCAACUCUUCCUUUUCGCUAAACAAGCCUCUGCACAUGUUCCAAAACCAACAAAGUUCUUGCAGUAAUAAGAAAUCCGGCUUCAGGCCUAUCAAAGAGUCGAAAGGGGCAACUACUCGUGUGCGCGCACACGUCGCACACACCAUGCUCCUUCAAGUUGAUGUACCCCCGCCCUCCCUUUCUAGGGACAAACCAUGCCUGGACCGGUGCCUGCGGUCCCGCUACUUGCCCACUCAGAUCCCAUUCUCUGCCUUGCCCUGUGCGGCCUACCUUAGCGCCCAAGACGUGAAGGAGAUUGCUGAUGUGUUCAGAUCAUUUAGUGUGCUGCCUGAUGCUUUGCGUUUUAAUGCAAAUAGGCACAAUGGGGCAAAUUCUAACCCAUUCCAACGCGAGCAUUUGGUUGAUUCGUCCAUGCCGGUCAAUGAUCGAGAUCUUACGAAGAACGCACAGACCACUGAGUCAUCGGGUCAUUUAGAGCAACGGUCUGUGUGCGCUCCAGUUCAAUCAGGCAGUAAAAGCAGCAUGUCGGCGGAGAAUCUUGGAAUGGAGCGACCACUAAAAGGAACCUUACCAGAUGAUCUUGCCAUUAGUAAAGAGUGGCUUGUAGAGUUGCUGCUUGCGGUGAUGGCUCGUAACUAUAGCCAGGAGCAGAUGAAACAUAUCUCACCGGGUCGCAACUACAAUGUCUCGUCAAACUCUGCGACUCUAGGCUUUUCACUUCAUCAAAGCGGGAAGUUCGAUCCGGUCGGCAUGGAUAGUUUACAAGGAACAAUUCCCUUCUUGCCGAUUGGUGUGCUUCCUGUCGGGGUGAUCCCAGGUGAUAAUUCGCCCUUUGGGUUGACUGCGUCAAAGGACAUCACUGCGUCUAUUGUUCUGCACAAGAUGCGUCGCUUCCAACAGAAGCAGGCCGUAUUGACUCAAUUUAAACGAGACCUGCUUCGAUGGAUCGAACCACUGCUGCUGGUCCUGGAUCCAGACCAUAACUCUGGAAUGAAUGAGCGUUGUAAAGAUCAGAUAGACAAACUCCACUUUUUCCACCAGUUAAUGCGAAGCCGCCGCACUCAAAUGGAUGAGUCCGUGGGCCUGUUUAGCACCACAUCUGCUAUGCCCCACGCCACGCUAGCGUGCAAGCGUGUUUUAGUGAAGUCAAAGAAACAAGAGAGCGAGGACGGAAGGGGAUCUACGAAAACGCUAGCAUCCACGAGAACUUCUGAUCCCAUCACUGUGGGUGCUUGCCAAUCGCAUAUUCCUCUAUCUGAGACCCCUCUCUCACACGAGCUAAUUUUAAGAAGACCGAGUGUGGAUGUUAGUCUGUCGGGACACUUCUCAAGUAGGAGCAGUUCCAGCCGCAGGUCAAGCGUAUCGACGCUAGAGGGGUAUGUAUAUUCCUCUAAAUCGUCGAUUUCGGGUCCCCAUAAAGGGAUCAACAUUACUGGCAGUGGCUGUGCUAUGAAGGACACCGGUGGCCAUGGCAACUCCGCUCCGGGCGAGUUGGCCCUAGCGUGUCAGGGGAACGAUUUUUCUGUUUCACGAAUUGUAAAGGAGCUUAAUGUGCCGAUUUUUGUGCGAGAUGAUGAUUGCAUCGAGUCUGAAAGCUCAGCUUUCUUGAUUUACUAUGGCGAGCAGCCUGAUGGUGCCAUAUCUCAAACAUUUAAAGACAUCCUCACGAAUAGUAAACUUUGGGAGCAGUUUCUGCUUGAGUGGGAGCGCAGGACGGAGCUGGUUAGUACCUUAAGUGAAAGCACCAAUUGUAGUUUAAACGGGGUUCCACUGAGACGAAAUAAUAACCGCCAGCGCGCUGUAGUGUCCUGGCGUGAUUUCAGCAAUAAUUUAAUCCUGCCCGCGGACUGCUUACCCUCCAGUACUGUUGUACCUACAAAUGUUUCUCCUACGGAUAUAAAAAACUGUAAUGUCCAUGCAAAUGACCUUUCGAGUAGAUACGUUUGCAAUGACAGCACGAACAGUCGCGCCCGAGGAGAGGCUGUCUACAAGCGCGUUCUAAAGGUUAGGCUCGAGGGCGGGGCCAAAGUUGCAGGCGGGCCUCAGCGCGAGGAUUGUUUCGCAACUGGGGAUGAUGAUAGGGACAAAGACGACAAUGAUAUUGACCCUGACGAGGAUUCGAGCAUGGACGAGAUGCCAUGGGAUCACGAGCAGCUGCGCCGCCGCACCGAUCGCGCGUCCAACGGCGCGACUGGCCCUGGUAGGGGGUUUAUCGCCGCUGCAAAUUCAACAAAGGGUGUGGUUAGCAGCGCUGCGGCCGAGUCAGAGGCCCUUGCCGAGGAGCUUAAAGGGCUUCACACGCAGUCGGCUGACCAUGUCAUGGUCUCUACCGUGCACCACCGACUCGUGACCAGUUCCAAGGACGGCCUACUGAAGCUCUGGGACAGCGACUGGGGUAAUUUUGUCGGCAACUUGCUCAAUGUCGGCACCUCAUGGGUGCUUCACAUGCAGUUCCUUCACAAUGAGCUGUAUCUCUUCGUCGCAACCUCAAAUGCUGAGCUGACGGUGCUGGAGUUUCCCUCAGGUGCGGUGCUGCAAAAAUACCGUGGCUGCACGACCCUGGUAACAGCCCUCCGCACUGUCGUGCAACCUGACUUGGGUGGCACGAAACGUUUUGGUCUGAGACCGGGUGAGUGUGGCCCCCAUCGGCUCGUGUAUCGCAAUGGAAUGACGGCUAAGGUCUUUAAUAACCGGCUGAAGGAGUCGUGGCAAGUGAAAUCGGAAACCAAACACAAUGCCAUCCCUAUCGAAGGUUUCGUCAGCCCUACGGCAGUUUUCUUGGAUCCUACGACUCUUAUUUGUGUCUUCGGUACGGCCGAGGGUACCGUUGGCGGUUUUGAUCUCUCACAAUAUCUUAAGAGCUCAAGUAUAUUGGCCUUGAUGAACCUGGAUGAACCGGUGCCCUUUUUCGGCAAGGUACGAGCCCAUGACUCGAGUACACCGGUGAUGGGACUGUUUUACAAUCCCGUCUUCCAGUAUAUAGUAUCCUGUGCGCGGGAUGGGAGCGUUUCUCAUAUUCCUCUCAAUUCAGUGUUGAACGUUGAAAGUGCCCCAAACUUUAGUCGGAUCUUCCAACGUCAAACUGACACCCCCUCCUCACAGUAUUUUUUUGGAAAUACCACAUCUAGUAUUACUUCAAAUCGCCAUGUCCAGCUUGUGGCAUUCUGCCUUUCAGCACGCUUAGUUGCCACCGUACACAGUGACCGACGCGUCUUACUGUGGAGCAUGGGUCGCAAUACUGUUGACUUAGUCCAUCGAUUUUCACAAGAGACGUACGAUAUUGUCAGCGUGUCUUUCAUGCCAAAAGACCAUCUUAUAGCGGUGCUCACAGCAGAUUUGAUCAUUUCUGUUUACGACUUCAAAGGCUUCCGUCCCUUAAGUAUGAUCCAUGUGACGAAGUGCGACGGAUGCAACGUUGAGGACGUAUCAUGGAUGGCCAUGCGGUGCCCUCAGGAUGACCCGGAUGGCUGUGUAGCGUUCUUCCCAGGGGGAAAGGGCAGACUGGUGUGUGCUUUACGCGGCCCCAUCCUAUUUGAUCGGUUCGAAAAUGGGCCGCAUGAAGAGUCUUCUGCUGAGACCAAAGCGAAAGUUUUACCCACUUCACCGGAACCAGAAGAACCAGAGCCCAAGUUAGGGACCACGGCCUUUGAGCUGCAGCAGCCAUCUACAGCACUUCCGACUUCUCCAUUAAACCAACAAAAGGCAAAUACACAACAAAAAACUCGUAAGAAUGUCACGCAUCACGGUGCCAUUGUGGAUGUCUUGCUACGGCAUGUGCGCCAGGGUUCAUCUGCCACAGAUGCUGAAGGUGUUAAUGAAAAGGGUGUUGGUACUGAUCGGUUUGAGUUGCAUACAUUCAGUGCUGAUUGGUGGCGAGUGUGGGAUCCAUUGAAGGGAGACCUGCUGCGAGAGGUCAACCUAUGCGCCGAAAUUCGUAAGCAAUUACCGAUGUUCCAUCGUCCUCUUGUGACGGUCUGUGAUUGGAGUACAGACGCAUGCACGCGUAUUAUCGCGGGCUCGCGUGGAGGACAAGUGAUCACACUUGAUGCUUCCACCGGUGCCGUGAAUAAUGUUGAGGAGGUACUUGUUGUGCAGCGCCCUCUGUCCAACAAUAAAAGAUUUGUGGAUCGAUUCCAUGAAACCCAAACUAACCGCCGUGUACACAACAAAAGGGCCAGUAAAUCUGGGCCCACAUCUGUGUAUAAGUCCCCUGCAUCAGAGACACUUGACGCCGAAAAGCAAACGUCGUCACCGCAGCCGAUUCUUGAUCCUGGAAGUUUAUUCAACUUAGAUGCAACUGUGGUCUAUCAUUAUGGUAUGCACAUGCUAGUGUGCGGCAGCAAUCGGUGUGUUUUGCGGCGGUACUUCACCAACGAUGUGGAUCCUAGCGGGGAGGAGCAGUUUAUUGCGAUGAACUUCCACCUCCCAGCGACGGCGCGCACCACGAUUACGGCUUGCUGCAUUGUCCGAGAUACACACAUCUGCCUUGGUACCAUGGACACUCGUUUGUUUUUCUAUCGUAUGGUGGAUGGUAGUGAGCCAUACGCAGAGGAGCCCCUCCGCAGUUGUAUAGGCGUAGGCGACAAGACUGAGGAAAGUGAGCCGGAAAUCGGUGCUGUGAUUGGACUUUUCUUUCUUAACAGUUCAAACCAAAAUCUUUUCGUCAUAGUCCUUGAUACAGGCGUGGUGCACGUGUACUCUUACCUGACGAAUCGAAGUGUGGCCCGUUUUCGGCUGCAUCGUGCCCACGAGUGCCGGAUUCGAAAAGUGAUUUACCACAAUACCGACGUACAACUUCUAAUAUGCGGUGAUUCCCUUGGCCGUGUGCGUGUAUUAGAUAUUUCUGCAUUCAAGUCCGACACCGUUGACUUUGCAGCCGUCAUAAAAGAGCGCUGCGUGUUCCAAGGGGCACCGGAGGAGGUGUCCUCGCUCGCCUACUUCAGCCUGCCGACGGUUUUACCUUCGGCAAAGUUUCAAGAUCUACCGUCCAGGCAUAGAAGCAUAUUGGGUGUCAUGUCGCGGUAUGGUAUGGCUCAACGUAGAUCCACAACCGGGAGUGGUAUGACCGCUCGAUCAGCUAAGGGGGGGGAACAACCCGAUUCAGAGAGUUCUCAGGUUUUGUCAGCGGCAGCGGUUACGGAUCGCACCGGAUCCUCUAUUAACUCGGCGCAUGGUAAACACCUUUUAGUUGAUAGUCGCAGCCCUGGUGGUGGUAAUCAAGAAGAUUUCGUGGUGGUAGGCUCAGGGGACGGCAACGUGCGCCUUUUUUCACUGCAGAGGCAGUAUGAGCGCGCGCGGCCUCAACGGAGAUCCUCACACCGAAUCAUGACUCCGUUUGAAACAGGCCAUAUUGGUACGCGAAGGUUGUCUUUUGCACGUCCUUCAUUUGCGAUCAAUAGUAGUAUUGAGUCAAGCGCCACCCUUGCUCCUCCCGGUAUGCAACCAAAUAUCUCACCAAUCCGCGAUCAUGAAAGUCUUACCUCACGAAGACACUAUCAUUCCGUUCUGAACCUCUCUCACGUCGGAGUUUUUGGUCUAAACAAAUGGAACGCGAUGAACUCAGAUACCUUCCAGCGUAAAUUUUCAUCUUCUAGGACAGUGGAGGGUGCCACGAUAUUGGUUUCUUCCAGGUGUUCUCGGUCCUCAUCUAUGAUAGCGCCCGAAGGGCAGGAUGAGGGGUUUCUGGAUUACUUACUGCUGCAGGCCAAGAGGAAUGUUGAGUUAAGUAGUCAUGCUGCGUCGCAGGCGCUGCAAGGUGGGUCUUCCAUUGAGGAUCGAACGGCUGGCUUACACCUGGCGUCCAAAAGAAAAAUGUUUGAUCACGCAAAGAGGGUUGGUAGCGUAAAAUGGAUGAACAUGAAGCCUACUGCAUAUCGGAAGUCCCGGAUGAAGGAGGGUAAAAAUUUGGUGGCAGCCUCUCGAACCCUGCAGAAAGCGCGACAGGAGCAGCAGCAGCAUCCCAGGGAUUUUCGUCGGCGUGUUGUGUCGCAGCGGGAGCUGAAACUCCUACAGACGAUUUUGCCACGAAAGUGUGUUGCAAUGGGGUUCCUUGCGUCUGUGAACGCUGAUGAUUUGCCCCCAGAGGUAUUUCAUCCCAACGAUAAGCCACCCCGCAGGCCACAGACGUGGAAUGGUCGUGCUGCCGAUCGUUUUCUGUAUAUAUUGAGACCUCAACGCGGGUUGAGGGGUAAAUAUGAACGCAAUGCUUUGCUUAAGAUGUAUCCAGUCUCUUGGCUUCGCAAGAUUGAGGUGAUUCCCAAUACUUGUAAAAUAGAGGACUAUCAUGAGGAUGGAAGUCCAAGAUUAAUUCCCACGGAAAGCGCUUUCGGCGGUCAUUGGGAUCUUUCAGCUUUUGCUUAUUAUGAGGGUUCUAGCAAUGAGAUUGACACCAGUGGCAGUCCUAUGAAUUCUGGCAAAAUAUUUGCUAAGGAUGUGUUCUCUGAGAGCAUCAAGAUGGCUAGUACGGGGACAACUCAAGACUCCGACGUAGGGGUCGUUAGUAUAGUUGAGUGUCCUAGUUUAACGGACGCAAUGCGUGCGGAAGACAACCAUGGGUCAUCUUCACCAGUGCAGAAGAAAAACGUUGAGUGCGGUGAUGGGGCACAAUCAUCAUUUAUUACAGACUUGGAGAACAUUGCAGUCUCGAAAACACUCAAGUUGCCAAACGACUCUUCACACACACCCAUUAUGGGGUUGCCCACCCUGGGUCCUACAAGCACUUUAACAGUCUUAGAAGCGGAGGGACACCCCGCAGAUUCCCAGUUGAACAAAUGCGAUGCACUGCCUAGCCUGAUUGCAACACAACUUCUGACCCCUACUCCGCCUUUGCAAGAUUCUGAAGAAGCACGCGUGCCGCCCAGUGAACCCGACUCAUCAACUUCCACAUCGCCCAACCCCACGGAUACGGAUGCUUCAAGCGGGAAAGUUCUGCAGCACCGCGGACAGAGUGUGACGGGAAGACAUCCACCUGACAAACGUCUUAGCAGCAUGAAUCGACCUGUCUUUAUCGGAGACGGUGCAUUAGCAAUUUCUGAAAACCUUACGACUUCAGUCUCCUCGUUAAUGGAGACUGUGCCACACACUCCUAAAUCCUUCUCUUACAAUGACUGUGGCCGGGCCCCUGUGGAGACUAGGAGUCGCGACCAUACGCAUAGUGACAACGCAUUGCAAUCCCGCCUUCAGAAUGAGCUCAGCAAUUUAUCUGCAUCAGUGGUGGGGCAGCGUUGUGAUCAGACUAUUUUGGCGCACCUUGCUCAUCAACUUGACCGUGUGCGACCCUCGGGCUAUGCACCAGGAGCUUUUCUGAGUCGUAUAAAGCAGGUUUGGCAGCAGCGAUCGAUUGAAGAUGAAUCAGAAACGAUGAUACUGAUGGUUAGCAAUGCAGCCUUACAUCGCCGUAGAGGCAAUCCUCGAACUGCCACAAACUCCCUGACAAAGGAAAGAAGGGUUUCACCUGUCGCGGGGGCUAAACUUAAAGGCCUCCCUAAAGCAGCGGCGAAGCAUCAAUCUCGCUCUGGAAUGUCUUGUGUUUCUAACCAUGCAAUGGUUCAACAGGAUCCUGGCAUUGGUCUGAAUCUUGCUCUUCUAACUCUUCCAACUGAAAAGAAGAAUUCAAUCGUUUCUGAGGGUGUGAGGCACGGCGAAGUCAGUUCUGUGUCUGCGGCAACAAAAGAUACAUCGAAUUUGGACAAGACUUCCACACUGCCGGCUCAUGAGCGGCUGUACCGAAGGUUGGAAUCCUGGAGGCGUCACCGGGAGCAGGAGGUAGUUGAAAGGCGUCGUGUUGUUGAACGGCUUACGGGGCGGGCCGCUGACAAUAAGGCGUCCAAACUUUUCUCUCUUAUGCCGAACCGAUUGGUUCGUCUGCCUCUACUUUAUGCAGCACAAGCUCUUGAACCGGUGCAUGUGCCAGCACCACCUGAUGUGCCCCGAUACAGUGAAGACGCAAGGGAUCACUAG